UUCGAUAGUCGUCAGCGUUACUCGCCGCCAUCUUGUAUUCACUUUUGUGGUUCAGAUGUUUAUACCUAUUAUUUAAGUGUUCUUUUGUUUAUUUAACACAUUCUUUACUCGACGUUUAACUUUGGUGGACGUGUUUUUCUGUAUUAAUUAAGUGCUACGCAACAAUUAAACAUAUGCAGUACUGUCUAUAUAAGCCACAGCUGGCUAUGAAUAAUAACAAAACUGCACUGCAUCGAGAAGGCGUUGGCAUUCACGAACAAUAUAAGUAAAUGCAGGUUUCACAGAAAGACUCAAAAGGUUGUAAAAGAGUUGGCGUAGAAGAACAUUUGAUUAAAUUUAGACCAUCGCCGAAUUUUAAAAAUAUGAAAAAAUUUAUGAAAUCAAAAAUGGAUCAUUUACAAAUAACGAAUCGGGCCAGUACGAAUGCCGCUCCGGAUCCGACACCACCGCCUAUUAUUGAUAGAUCGGAGAGAGUCACGCCCGUUGUUCAACCUCCAUUACCGCUGGAUCCUCCUCCUCCGGAUAGUCCAAUUUAUUUGAAUAUGAUAAUUAAACAAGAGGUUGAAGACACAGAUUAUCAAAGUACUUGUGGUAAUUCUCCGGAAAUUGCUAUCCAAGAGUCACAAGGUAAUGGUGAAUUACAAAAUAUUACACCAGAAAAAACAAAAACGCCAAUAUGUCGAGAUUACAUACGAGGGACGUGUAAAAGACAAGGCACUUGUAAAUUUGCUCAUAAGUAUGAUGUAUCACAGCUGGAAGGUGUAUAUACAUUCUGUCACAAAUAUCAAAACUCAGUAUGCACAUUUGCCAAUUGCAAGUAUGUUCAUGCAGAUGUAUUUGAGGAACGUCAGUUUUAUCGAACUGGAAUUCUUCCACCACAUGCAUUGGCUCACCAUAAGAAAGUUUUGCAACCGCCUCCACCUCCUCCGCCUCCUGAAGAACCUCAACUAGAUUUGCCACCUAUAACAUUCACCAAUCCUCCACCACCAUUGCAUACUGAAAUAGAUACGUCAAUAUUAGGUGUCAUACCUUCCAGCUCACUGGAAUCCAGAGGAUUCACGGAUCUCUUACCACCAAUUAGAUAUACAUCACCAUUAAAACGUGAAUGGAGCAAUAUUGAACCGUUCGGAACUACGCCGUGCGACCUCGACACCACUGAACACUUGACAAAAAAAUGCAAACAUUGUGAUAUCAUGGAGUUCAGAUUACAAUACAAUAAAGAUAAAGUACAAAAGAUGAGACAAACCAAAGAGGAAUUAAACAAAAAGAUGGCCAUCUUAGACAAAAAAAGUGAAAAGCUUUAUACAAUAAUAAUGGCAUUGCUUAAACCUCAAAUGUCGUCGAAAUCUCAGAGUCAUACAAAUGGCUUAACUUUACUAAAUGGUGAUAAUAAAGAUAAGUCACUAUUAGAACAAUUAAACGCAAUAGUGAAUGUCACCAGUAGACUUUCUACACUCGGAGAAGAUAAAUAAUAUUUAAG